GGGAGCUCCGGCAACAGAUGGUGGCAGUGGCGUCUACCUACGGCACAAAUCUGACAGGGAGGAGACUCAAAUGGGGGUGUCCGGAAUUGUGAAUAGAGUUGGUUGUCUAACGAGGGACCGGAAGAAGACUUUGUCAGUGCAACUCCAUUGAUAAUUUCUUGGCUAGUCUUUUAGAAUUUUAUCUUUUUUUUCUUUGUUUUCCAAAGAAGGCCGCAAAAGCCUCGAACUGGAUUUGUCGACACACUGGGCUCAGUUGCAAGAGGACAUCUCUGGGAUUGCUCGGAAAGUCUCGUAAAAUAUGUCUGCUGGAAUGUGACAUUUUGAAGACGUAACACGGUCAUUUUGAAGAGACUGUUUUAUUUCGUGGUACCACAAAGUUGAAUUGAUGAGGAGCAGAGAAAAGUUAACGAACCGAGCUAACUAGUUAGCUAACAUGCUAUAAUGCUAGUUGGCUACUUAGCACCGAAACUCUGGCAUGUUGAAUGAAUGAAUGGACCAGCUGCUUUAAACUAAGAGCGGUUUUUGUUAGGGCAAGAACAUAUCGACUGUUACAUACGCCCAGUCUGACUUUCCACUAAAAGGCAAACCUUUUGGCUGUUUGGUCUUCGGCUGCUGCUCUACUUAGCCACAAAUGGACAGGAAUGCAGUUCCUGGGAGUUGGUGGAGAGCGGCGUUUUAGCACGCAAAGAUAAUGUGCUUGUACUGAGUGCAGCCUGGUAAUGUUUAUGAGGCCGAGGGAGGCUAACCUCAGCUAGCUACAUAUAUUUGCACUACUUGGAUUUGGCUGCUAUCGUGUGAAGCUUCCGCUCAGCUUGGAAUGGGGAAUACGGUGUCAUGCUGCGUGUCUCCGGAGUCGAGCCCCAAACUGCCAUCGAGACUGCCGGCAGAGCGGCUGGAGGAGUUCCAGACCAGCACCGAAGUGAGCGACGACACUGUGCCCUACCUGCAGCACAUAAGCGACAGAGAGGUCCCUGAUGAGCUGGCCUUGGAGUCUAAUCCAUCGGACCACGCCCGAGCAAGCACCAUCUUCCUUAGCAAGUCCCAGACAGACGUACGAGACAAGAGGAAAAGCAACCACAUAAACCAUGUCAGUCAUGUGUCCCCUGGUCCACUCUCAAAGAAAUACAGCUCCUGUUCAACCAUCUUCAUAGACGACAGCACCGUCAGCCAGCCAAACCUCAAAAGCACAAUCAAAUGUGUCACUUUAGCAAUAUACUACCACAUCAAAAACAGGGACUCGGACAGGUCACUGGACAUCUUUGAUGAGAAGUUGCACCCCUUGUCGAGAGAGCCAGUGCCUGAAGACUACGCAUUUGUAGACCCAGAACACAAACUGAUCUACCGCUUCGUCAGGACGCUCUUCAGUGCUGCACAGCUGACUGCAGAAUGUGCCAUCGUCACUCUUGUGUACCUGGAGCGCCUGCUGACCUACGCUGAGCUGGAUAUCUGCCCCGCCAACUGGAAGCGCAUUGUCCUGGGAGCCAUCUUACUGGCUUCUAAAGUCUGGGAUGACCAAGCUGUGUGGAAUGUCGACUACUGCCAGAUCCUAAAAGACAUCACUGUGGAGGACAUGAAUGAGAUGGAGCGCCACUUCCUGGAACUUCUGCAAUUUAACAUCAAUGUGCCGGCCAGCGUCUACGCCAAGUACUACUUUGACCUGCGACAGCUGGCCGAUGACAACAACCUCAGUUUCCCUCUGGAACCCCUCAACAACCAGCGUGCCCAGAAACUAGAGGCCAUUUCAAGACUAUGUGAAGACAAGUACAAGGACCUCAGUCGAGCCGCAAUGAGGCGAUCUCUCAGCGCAGACAACCUGAUAGGUAUACGACGCUCCAAUGCUGUGCUCUCAUAGACUGCUGCCCUCUGACCUCCAAAGUUCAGCUAACCCACAGCCAGCCCCAGAAAGCAUUACCCACAGAGUUAUCAGGCAAGGACAAAAACGCCACUGUAUGACCUGUCCACACGGUAAUUUACAUUACAGCUGUAGACGUGCGUGAUUGUUAAAUUAAAGGUGUUUACCUUAUCUGAAGCAUUAUCAUUUGACUGUUGUUUUUACAAGUCCUUUAUUUAUUUGUUAUAUGUCUAUCACUUCUGAGAGAACACAUUGAACAUGAAUGAUUGAGUUCAUCAUCUGUCUGAAAUACACUUUAGUUUCUAUUUUUUUUUUUUUUCUACAAAAGUGUUUGAAUUACUUCAUGCAGCCUUAAAGGAUGAAGAGAGUGGUGUGUUAUAUUUGUUGUUACUGUCACCGUAUUCCACGAAAGACCAAAACCAGCAAAUGUUAGAUUGUUCAGAUGUGGCUAAUUGUUUUUUUUUUUUGUUUGUUUGUUUGUUUUUUUAAUGAAGAUUGAAAUCAUGCUUGAGUGCUAUAGCAUAGUGAAGUUAAUGUUGGUUGGUCAUUUCCUGGGAUUCCUUAACAGUAUAUAAAUAUAAACUUUCAUCAAAUGUAUCCUUUUUUUCCUUCUUUUUUUUUGUUUUUAAAUAGCCACAAAAAAAAUGCAAAAUGACCUUUGUUGUAAAUUAGAUUUAAUACCAGAAGUUACUGUGGAGACUGUAACUCAGACCUGUUUACUGUCGAUAUGUUUCGAGUACAUUUUUCUGUCCAUCAGGAUUGAACAUCAACCAUGUCUCAUAUUACAAGACACUGAGCUGUUAUCACUGUGUGGGAGCUGGCUGACGUCUUCUCAGUCAGCUGUUUUGUGACAGGAAAAUCAGGAGUGCCAUUUGCAAUGUGAUGUUAAGUUGUGUAUACCACGGGUGAUCAAACAAGGCUGUUUACUGACUCUGGAUCAGUAUUUGCAAAUUAAUGGCUCCAUAUGGAAGUUAGGUAUAUGCAGGUCAGCCUCAGUAUUAAGUUCCUUAGAUCCUACCAUCCCAACCUCAUUCCCACCCCCACCCCCCCAUCAGAUCACCAGUGUUGUUCUUGUCCAAGGACCCAUCCAGGCUAAGGUUUGGAACACACUACACAGAUACUGAGGGGGAAAACAAACUGAUGGAUGCUCCCCUUCUCUUUUGCUUACUAUGUAGGCUUCUAGCUGUGAAUUUGUCUUGUUUUUAAUUGAGAAAAAAAAAACAUUUGCAGAUGGAGUAUUUUAAAUAAACACUAAU